AUGGAAAUCGUGGGUGCAUUUGUUCCUGAAGUUACUAAACGUAUGUCCAUCUUUCUUUUCAGAAAGAUUUCCUCCCUUUUAAGUCUCCAUGCUAACAUUAAAUCACUGCAGAGUGAAUUAGAAAAACUCAUUAGGCGAAAGAAUGAUUUAGAAGAAGAUAUUAGGCUAGCCUUAACAGAAGGGAAGGAUCCAACAUCACAAGCUAUUGAUUGGAUAAAAAAGAUCGAGGAAAUUGAGUGUGAUGUGCAGCUGAUGCUGGAGGAUCCUGGCAAUGCUUCUAUCUAUGGAAGCAAUCUAGACUGCUGUAUGCAUUACCGUCUUCUACUCCUCCAAACGGUUAAAAAAAAGUGUGAAGAGGUUAAACAACUGCUUAUUGCUUCAUGCACUUUGCAAAUCACGGUGUUUGACCGAAAGCCUCCGAUAAAACCUAUGGAGAAUAUGACAGCACCAUCUCUUGCAGGUCAGAAAGCGACAGAAGAAAUGUUAGAGGAGCUUAUGCGAUGCUUGAAUGAUGGUGGCAUCAAAAGGAUUGCUGUCUGGGGGAUGGGGGGAAUCAGAAAGACUACACUGGACUUAGACUUGGACUUGAGAAGGGUUCAAUCUCGAAUUGCUGAGAGAUUGAAUUUAGAAUUUGAUGUUGGAGAGAGCACAGAAGGAAGAGCUAUGAAACUGCAUGAAACAUUGAUGACGAUAAAGUUUCUUCUCAUUCUUGAUGAUGUUUGGGAGAAACUUGGUUUGGACGUUGUGGGUAUUCCACAAGAAAGCGCAGGAGAUGUUGUUGAGUUGGAAGUUAUAAAUCCUCUAGCAAGAGCAAUAGCAAUCAAAACCAUGGGGAGUUCAAUGAGGAACAAAAUCAUGAUUGAGCUCUGGGAGAAUGUGCUUUGCCAAUUGCAACGUUCAAUACUUCAUGAUUCUUGCAUGCUAGAACAAGGUGAAGGCACUGGAACUAUAAGAAUGCACGGGGUGGCAAGGGAUGUUGCCAUAUGGAAUUUAAAGGAAACAGGAUUCUCUUGCCAAGCAGGUACUUCAGUGUUUGUAAGACCACAGAAGUUGCAGAAAUCUCUCACAAUGGUUUCAUUUAUGAACUACAACAUUACAAGGUUGCCUAGCCAACUGCUUAGAUGCUCGAGGCUGACUGUGCUACUACUCCAAGUACCCCCACUUGGAGAUCUUUGUGAACUCCAAGUGCUUGAUCUCUCUGGGCUCUGGCACAAGUCUACGAGAACUGCCCUGGAAAGGGGGCUAGACGUCGUCGAUUGCCUUUCCCUAGAAAGUGACUGGUUGAAACGAUUGAGGAAGUUCAACAUAAGGGUUAAUAAAAGGAGUUGUGAUUCAAAUUAUCUGCCUACUCGACAUGAUGAGAAAAGGGUCAUUCUUAGAGGGGUUGACCUGAUGAGUGGAGGACUUGAAGGCUUACUCUGCAAUGCGAAUGCACUGGACCUUGUAACUUGUGGGGGCAUUAAUAAAUUAUCUGAAGUAUUUGUCAGGAAUAAUUUGUUUGGCCUAUCAGGCUUGAAGUCUUUGACGAUAUCACGUUGUGAUUGCAUUACAAGUUUGAUAAAUGGGGAGACUAUCCUGAAAAGCAUGUUACCUAAUUUGGAGCACAUUAGGGUGGGUGAAUGUAGGAGGAUUAAACGUCUUAUAGCAGAAACUGCAUCUAAUGCAGAGCUUCCGAAGUUAAAAGUUAUAGAAGUGUGGGAUUUGGCCAAUCUGAGGAGUGUAUGCAUAAGAACAGUACAUUUGCCAGUUCUGGAGAGGAUUGGGGUGAGAAACUGCCCAUUGUUGGUCAAGCUGCCCAUCACAGCCUACAAUGCUGCAGCUAUUAAAGAAAUAAGAGGAGAACUGGAAUGGUGGAAUUAUAUCACAUGGCAAGAUUAUGAGAUUAAAUCCCUUGUUCAGAGACGAUUCCAAGCAUGUACAGUCCCAACAACACAGCUCAGAAAAGAAGAGAGGUGGCUUACUAAAUAG